GCUGAGGUCAUGGCGGCUUUUUCCCGCUUGCGGCCCCGGCGUCAACGGGCCCCCUUUACACCAAAGCAUGCUCUGACGGUAUCCAUUCGAAAUCAGUACCAUUAGUAUAAAGACGGUCCUUUGCAGUGCUGCUAUCAUCAGAAAGAGUUUCUGUCGGCACAGUGAGAAAUGGAUCCAUCAAUGCCCCGAGCCGGCGCAAGCCUAAAUGCCUCCCCCCAUGAAGGAAAAGAGACACGAGGAACCGUCUUGAUAACCGGUGCAAACGGCUCACUAGCCCUACAGUUUGUCUCCCACCUCCUGGCCCGAUAUCCUGCUCUCACCCUUAUUGGCACGGUUCGCAACCCAUCCACGGAGACAGACCCCAACACCGCAAAGCUACAAAAGAUUCUAUCCAAGCAUCCGAGUGCAACAGUCUCGGUGGAAAAGCUUGACCUUGCAUCCUUGGCGGAUGUCCGCGUAUUCUGCGACUCAAUAAUCUCCCGCACAGGUAAGAAGGAGCUGCCACCGCUCCGGGCAAUCGUCUGCAACGCCUUUACCUGGUCGCUCGACGGCGGUGUAAAGUACACAACAGAUGGCUACGAGGCUACGUUUCAGGUAUCAUAUCUGGCGCAUUAUGUGCUGGUACUCAAGCUGCUGCCGUGCUUGGACCGCAAGGCCGGACGGGUGGUCAUGCUAGGCUCCGCAGCGCAUUACCCCGAGCGCCCAAAUCCGCUAUCAGCCUUGGUUGCGCAGUGGCCGGAGGAUGAAGACGUCGCGGAAUUGGUGAAGCCACGAUCUCAUCCAGCAGAGGAGAACCACGAUCGUGGUUGGCAGCGAUAUGGGACGAGCAAGCUUGCCACAGUGAUGUUCAUCAACGCGCUAAACCGACGACUUGAAAAGGCUUGCGACUAUCGGGGUAUCACUGCGACAGCCAUGGAUCCCGGUGGUAUCGUUGACUCUCGUGCGCACAAUGAGCAACGUGCCCUCGCGAAAAAAGUGUUCUCCGCAUCACGGUUUAUUUUACCUCUGCUGAAGUAUAUCACAAGCAGCAUACGACUGAGCAGUGAUUCGGCGAAGGAUCUGGUCGAAGUGGCGGUUGGGUCAAGUUUCGCAGGGAAAAGAGGAUAUUUCCAGGGAUUGCAAACUACCAAACCAGCGGAAAUCAGUGACAAUGAACAGAAGCAGGAAAUUCUCUGGGAGGCGAGCUCCAGGUGGGCAGGCGUGGAGGACAGUGUUCUUUGUACUUAUCCCUAA